AUGCCGGUUACUGAGACUUCCACUGAAUAUUCCCCUUCCAUUCCUCAAAUUCCACCGAAUUUUCACAUUGAAACCGUAGGAGAAUCGCAAUUCGUUAUUCCCGAUCGUUAUUCUGGACUGCGUCCCAUCGGAACCGGUGCUCAGGGUUAUGUUGUCUCCGCUUUUGACUCGGUUUCUCAGCGUAAAGUUGCGAUCAAGAAACUAACGCAUCCAUUCCAAAAUGUAACCCAUGCAAAGCGUGCAUACCGUGAGAUCGUCCUUAUGAAACUCGUCAAUCACAGGAAUAUCAUAUCCCUUCUCGAUGCCUUUAGUCCUCAGUCUACGCUGGACGAAUUUCGGGAUGUCUACUUGGUUAUGGAACUUAUGGAUGCUAGUCUGUCUCACGUGAUCCACAUGGAGUUGGACCACGAGCGUUUCUCCUUCCUGUUGUAUCAAAUACUCUGUGGCCUAAAGCACCUCCACGUGGCGGGCAUCAUUCAUCGCGAUCUGAAACCUAACAACAUUGCAGUGAAGCACGAUUGCACUCUCAAGAUCCUUGACUUUGGUCUCGCGCGCUCCGGCACGGAAAACUUUAUGAUGACGCCCUACGUAGUCACUCGCUACUACCGUGCUCCGGAGGUGAUCCUGGGCAUGGGCUACACUGCGAACGUCGACAUCUGGUCGGUGGGGUGCAUCUUCGCGGAGAUGGUGCUGGAGCGCACCUUCUUCCCGGGUACCGAUCACAUCGACCAGUGGAGCAAGAUCACUGCCGAGUUGGGCACACCCUCCCGCGAUUUCAUUGAUCGUCUGGAUCGCGACGUGCGCAAUUACGUUCUCUCCCGACCCAUCGUGCCCCGACGCUCCUUUGAGACCUUGUUCCCUGACGAUGUUUUCCCCGAACCCAGCCGAAGGCACGCCGAUCUGAACCCAGCCAUGGCGCGGGACCUCCUCAGUCGUAUGCUGGUCAUCGAUCCGGUGGAGCGAAUCACCGUGGGCGAGGCGCUUAGACACCCCUAUGUUAGCCUCUGGAGUGACGACGCCGAAAUCAAUGGGCCACCCCCUGGGUGUUACGACCCCGACGUGGACAGCCAAAGUCGAUCAGUAGAGGAGUGGAAGGAGAUGAUCUUCAACGAGGAGCUAACGGGUAUUACACAAAGGGAAACCGCCGAAGAAAUUCUUCAACAGUUUGACUGGAAUAUAGAGUCGGCAGUUGACUUUUUCCUAGUGGAUGGGAAACCUGGUGAUUCAUCACAAGUCGAUGCAGGAUCUUCUCCACAUAACUCUGCGCUUGACUCCCCACAUAGUCCACAUUCGAGGCUGUUAAACUUCGAAAUUACGCUUUACCUAGACGAUAGGAAAAGAGAAGUUGCGAUUAUUAGCUUGGAGGAUAUACGUGAUUCGAUCACACUUGGUGAUUUUAAACGGUGCUUGGUCGACAAGCACCGUGAUAGUUUCGUUAAAGCAGCCGAGAAUUCUGGCUUACCUUCGGACAGUGCAGCUUUGCUGGUUGCUCUGCGUUUCGACGGAACGCACAAUCAGAACAGUCUGAAUGAUCAUGUGACGCUUAGAAGUUUGCAUCUUCCAUUGAACAACUCAUGGACUGCUCGGUUGGUUAGACGACACAGAGUGCGGCCGAAUACUGAGGUAGCGGGCCGGGAAAAUGCCUCCUUUCCAACUACACUUGACGUGCGAGUUCGUCUAAUAGAAUCUUCCCACCAACGCGACGGCGCUACGAACACCCGUUCGGUCGACAGCAGGGUCAUUCGCUUACGAAACAUCUCCGAGACUACAAGCCUAUUUGGUUUGAAACGCUCAGCCGCUAAGGAGUCUGGCAUUUCUGUGUCGAAUCAGGUUUGGUCUCUCCCGGAAUCCGAGACUUCGUCAAGUUUGGAAGCGAUGGUAAGGGACUUGAAUAUGUCUUCCAACGCGUCUAGCGAACACAAGCUUCAGCGCUACAACCUCAGGCACGAUAAUUUCUACAUCCUUGAGCUUACAAAUUCACAAGCCCCUUCCACCUCCCACUCUUCAUUUUCGAGUACCGGUGUUGCUACUAGCGAGGACAAUUGUCGGCCUCAAAGGUCGAAAAAGAAAAUUCAUUAUGAUCUAAGUCAGGAAUUGGACGAUGAUGGUGGCUUUACCAUUUACUCCGAUAUUGACGACGCAAACGAUGGAAUGGUCUUUGUCAGUGAUAGUACCAAUCCUUACUCCCUGCCUUUGAUUCCUCUGAGCCUCAUUGAAUCUCCCCAGGAGGCGUUGGAAAAUUUUUACCAUGUGUUUAUUCAGCGCUACUGUUCAAACCCCGAAGAAUGUAUUCCACCCUUUCUCCUCUGUCCCUUCAACGAGGCCUUGAGCCAGUGCUUCAGUACCUCUCGUGUUGCUGAUCGCAAACCCCUCUUCAUUUACCUGCACCAUGAUCACAGUGUGGCAGCACAUAUCUUCUGCAAUCGUCUGCUCUGCUCGCAACAAAUGAGUCAAUUUAUGGAAGCGAAUCAGCUUAAGAUCUGGCCUUGGGAUGUUACUCUCGACGGGGCAAGGACUAAUGUUCUGCAUUGGAUGCAACCACGUCUUGAAUACCUUGCCACCGAGAUCAUUCAAACGCAGACGGACCAAUUUCCAUUGCUGAUAAUGUUGUGCAAAUUGGGCGGUUCUUAUGAGGCGAUAACCAUUCUGACUGGCCACGGUUUCACCACCCCCGUCUCCUCGCACUCCUGGUCCUCAGUUGAUGAUCAUAGUCACUCGAUGGAGGCCUUUCCACCGUUAGAGUCCGUCUCUGCGUCGCCCACUACAGCUCCCGCUCCACUCUCCCACACUCAGGGCAAACUCGACGCGGAGGAUGUGGUGAGUGAGCUCUGGCAGAAGUAUGUGAUGUACCAGGAGCGCCUGCAGCCUGAAGUUCAAGCUGAUUCUCAACGUGCAGAACGGGAGAUGAUGCGUGAGGAGCAGGAUCGGGCCUACAAGGAGUCACUUGAACAAGAUCGUCUCAAGGUGGAAGCGAAACAGCGGGAAGAGGCGGAGGCAGCGCAGCGUGAAGAGGAAGCGCGAAUACAGGCCGAGGCGGCGCAGCGCGAGGCGCGAAAUCGACAGAUCGCCUCGGGCCGCGCUCUCCCGCCCGAACCCCUGGUGGGUACUGUGGGUGUGGCCACUCUGCGCUUCCGUCUGCCCACCACUUUGCCCUCCCCACCCUCCUACGAGCACCUCUCUGACGCGGAGAAACAGCCCAUUCAAAAUGGAAUGAUCACACGACGCUUUAGGGCGAGGGACACCCUUCGUGAUCUAAAGAACUAUAUGGAGUCGCUAGGCUACGCUGUGGCGGAUUUCAAACUUCUCACCACCUUUCCCCGGGUUGAUUUGACUGCGAAUCUGUCGGACGACGUGACCCUGGCUGAACUGAAAUUGGUGCCUCAGGAAACUCUGAAUUUGGAGCAGCGCUAG